AUGAAUGACAAUAAAUUUGUAUCUCAAAUCAAAUAUGCAAAGAACAUAGUGGAUAAGUUUGGGCUUGACAAUGCUAGUCACAAGAGAACUUCUAUUGCAACUCACUUACAGUUGUCUAAAGGUGAAAAUGGAGAGGAUGUAGAUCAAAGUCUUUAUAGAAGUAUGAUAGGAAAUUUUUUAUAUCUCACAGCUAGCAGACUUGAUAUCACAUUUGUUUUCCGAGUAUGUGCUAGAUUUCAAGAAAAACCCAAGGCUAGUCAUCUCACCCAAGGGAAGAGAUUUUCCAAGUAUAUUAGUGGAACUUAUGAUUAUGGCAUAUUGUAUUCUCAUAAUAUAAGUAUUAUAUUAGUAGGGUAUUGUGAUGUUGAUUGGGAUGGAAGUGUUGUAACAAAAAAAGUACUUCAGUGUGGAUGUUUGUUUGUUGGCAACAAUAUGAUCUCUUGGUUAAGUAAAAAGCAAAAUUGUGUGUCUUUAUCCACUACUAAAGCUGAAUAUAUUGUUGUUCGAAGAAACUUCACUCAAUUGUUAUGGAUGACACAUAUGCUAAAGCAGUAUAAUGUUGAACAAGAUUUCAUGACAUUGUUCUAUGACAUCAUGAGUGCUAUAAUUUUUCAAAUAAUGUUGUUCAACACAGUAUAA